GUAGCAACUGGCAACACUAACAACAUCGUAAACCGUAUCUACAGUUUUUAGGGCGGAGCGAGCCAAGACAAGCUUUAAUAUUUAUAAGUAAUUCUAAAGGCUUGGUGUGCUACAAUUUCGCUUAGAAAUGGCAUUCCUAAAUAGUAAUAUGCAAAGGAUAUGCCGCAUGAUUGAUCUUUUUAUGUAAAGUUAUAAAAGAGUUCUAAAUUGUCAAUAUUGACAAGCAGAUCAAAAUGUCGAAGCGUGCCGCAGAAGAAAGCGGCAAUGGCAGCAGCCAACCCCCAAUCAAAAAGGUCCACUUCGAGCCUCAUCUCAUCGGGCCCGUGUCCACUUUAGAAGAAAUGGACAUAAAAGUAUUACAAUUUCAAAACAAAAAGUUGGCUCAGAGAAUAGAACAACGUCAUAGAUGUGAGGCAGAGUUGCGUGCACGUAUCGAACAACUUGAAAAGAGACAAACACAGGAUGAUGCUGUGCUCUGUGUUGUCAAUCGGUAUUGGAACCUUUUGAAUGAAGACAUAAGGGUGUUACUGCAGCGGUUUGACGCAGAGACUGCGGAUGAGUCGGAGAAUAAGAAUGAAAAUGAAGCAACUACAUCAUUCCUCAUGCAGUUGUCCACGUGGGACAAAGAAGAGUUGGAUGCACAACUUGCAAACAGGGUACAAGUCAGCAAACGGGCUGUGGCGAAGGUGUUGCAAGCAUUUGACAGAUUACAACAAAGAAAUGAUAAAAUAUGGCGUGCUAUAAAAGGAGAAGGGGAAGAGGGUGCGCCGGCGCCAUCACUGGAUGAAGUAGUGCGGGCCACUAACGAGGAGGUGACGGCCGAAAACUGCCGGCUGCAAGCGUUGUGCACGACACUGCACGAGAGCCAUCACGCCAUGACCUUACGAGUGGCGCGUCUGCAGGAUGCUGUCAACAGUCGUGACACUGAGAAUGCAGAGCUCAAGAACCAGAUUGACGACUUGCAGUAUGAGCUGAUGAAAGUGCGGUCGCGGAAUGAUAAGCUAGAGAAUCACCUGGCAGAGGCGAUAGAGAAGCUGAAGAGCUACCACCAGUCGGGAGGCGCGGUGGGGUCGAUGGGCGCUGUGCCGGCGCCUGCGCACGGCGCGGCCAACGCCAAGCUGGAGGAUGUCGCUGCCGAGCUGGAAGAACAGCGCGAGCUCGCCAACAACCGUCUUGCCGAGCUCGACCGCUUGCACCGGCAACACCGCGACACGCUCAAGGAGGUCGAGAAGCUCAAGAUGGACAUCCGCCAGCUGCCUGAAUCAGUAAUAGUGGAGACAACAGAGUACAAAUGUCUGCAAAGUCAGUUCUCAGUGCUGUACAACGAGUCGAUGCAGAUGAAGACGGCGCUGGACGAGACGCGGCUGCAGCUGCAGAACGCGAAGAACCUGCACAUGCGACAGAUCGAGAUGAUGGAGAGUGAAGAACUGGCUAGGCAAAAAGCUCUCAGAGCGGAAAUGAUACAACUGGAAGAUGUUUUAGGCCAACUCAGGAAGGAAUACGAAAUGUUACGCAUCGAGUUUGAACAGAAUCUCGCUGCGAACGAACAGACAGGCCCCAUCAACAGGGAAAUGAGACAUCUGAUCACGUCGCUGCAGAACCACAACCAGCAACUGAAAGGGGAAGUGCAUAGAUACAAGCGGAAAUAUAAAGAUACUAGUCAGGAAUUGAAUAAGGUACGUAAGGAGUUGGAGGAAGUAAACGCUCGGACAGGCGGCGCUGCGACCAGCGACCAGACUGAUGACAAACCUCUCACUGUGAAAAAAGAGGAACCCGAUCCAGAGGGCGAGGAGGGUCUGUGCGGGGACGUGAAGCCAGCGCAGGCGAAGGAGCACGGCCGCGCCAAGAUACAGGAGCAGGACCAGAUCAUCAAGGACCUCAAGCAGCAGCUCAAAAAGGCGGUGAACGAACAGAAAGAGCUGAAGCUACUCUUGGACAUGUACAAGGGGGUGAGCAAGGAACAGCGCGACAAGGUGCAGCUGAUGGCCGCUGAACGGAAGGCGAGGCAGGAACUCGAGGACCAUCGCCAGAAGGCCAAGAUGGCGCAGGUCAGCGAAAGCAAGCGCGAGCGGCGGCUGGCGGACGAGGACGCGCUGCGCAAGAUUAAGCAGCUCGAGGAGCAGAAAUACGAGCUGCAGAAACAGCUCUCCUGCGCCAGGCCCAAUGCGGACCCGCUGCACGGAUUCUCCAGGCCAUUCGCUGGCUCGCCGGAAGAAGAAGCGCUGCUGAACGAGAUGGAGGUCACGGGCCAGGCUUUCGAGGACAUGCAGGAGCAGAACUCGCGGCUGAUACAACAGCUGCGCGAGAAAGACGACGCUAACUUCAAGCUUAUGUCGGAGCGGAUUAAGGCGAACUCACUUCACAAACUGUUGCGCGAGGAGAAACAGCUGCUUCAGGAACAGGUAGUGACACGCGACCAGCAGAUUGAGUCGAUGGGCGCGGUGGCGCGCCGGCUCGAGGAGAAAGAGCGACUGCUGCAGGCCACGCUCUCCGCCGUCGAGAAGGAGCUGCUCCUGCGCCAGCAGGCCAUGGAGAUGCACAAGCGCAAGGCCAUCGAGUCCGCACAGUCCGCCGCUGAUCUCAAGCUGCAUCUCGAAAAAUACCACGCGCAAAUGAAGGAAGCACAACAAGUGGUCGCGGAGAAGACCAGCGCGCUCGAGGCAGAGGCGUACAAAACUAAACGGCUUCACGAGGAAUUGGCUAUAUUGCGGCGUAAGGCAGAGAGGAUGAAGAAAAUGGAGCAAGCCGGCAGCAGUAUGGACGAAGUGUUGCUCGAGGAGAUCAGGGAAUACAAGGAGACGCUCACAUGCCCGUCUUGCAAGGUAAAACGCAAGGAUGCGGUGCUGACGAAGUGUUUCCACGUGUUCUGCUGGGACUGCCUGCGCACGCGCUACGAGACGCGCCAGCGCAAGUGUCCCAAGUGUAACGCGGCCUUCGGCGCCAACGACUACCACCGCCUGUACCUCUCUACCUAGGCACCCCCACCGCAUCGUGGGGACCCGGACCUCGCCUGCUGGGUCCCACCUUUAGAUUGUAAAGUUACGCCGCACUUGGGUGCAGGUACAUGGAUAGAAAGAGGUUCUAAAAACCACGUGACAAAUGGUACGCUCGCCCUGUGUUUUAUCGAUAUCGAUAGCGCGGGGCUGGAUCUCGCGGUAGUGACGUGUCGUCGCACCCUCAUACUGAGUUAGGCUUAAGAUUUUACCCCCCUGCGAUAGAUCGGGCCACACGAUACCGUGCUGUAUACUGCAGGAUCUCAAGAUCUUCAGCACGCUUCACACCUAUCUAUUUUUGUCUCACCAAUUAUUAUAUUGUUAUAAAUAUGGUACGAUGAUCCUUGGUCAGGCCACGCGUGUGGUUGUGACUCCGGUUUAUUUUGCUACGACAUAUCACAAUAUAUAGAAGUUAUUGUAUUAGUUAUUGGUCCGUUACACCAUGCAAGAGUCUAAUUAUAUAGAGUACGGCUGGUUAUAGAAAAUCGCAUCGAUAAAAAGCCGACUUGUCAAAUGUUUGUUUAUUGUAUAUCGACUAUGCGUUGAAGUAUUGUUGGAUCCACUGUGCAGUGUCAGUGAAUUGGUAUCAAUAUUCCACAUAACCUAUGACGUUUGCUUUAAAAAAGAAUAUUUGUCUAAUACAUAACUUUAUAUGAUAAUACAAUUCAGAUUUUAUUGAAUAUAUAACGAAUUUAAUGUAAACGCUGCGCUAGUGAAUUUGAAGUGCGUGUAAAAUGAUUGUUGGUUGUCCGUAGCGAAACACGAAUGUACAAACAAGAUUGUUCGUGCGAUGAGGCACGAUGUUGUUGCAAUGGUUUAUUCAGAAUCAUUCGCAAAUACUUUUUUCUCAUUCCUAAUUAGCUUAAAGUAAUGACAGCAAAUCAUCCUUUGUCUAAAUAUGUAAGGUAAAGUUAAAUGCAUUUCGUAGACUUGUAUAUUGGUUCAGUUUUAUAUUGAUGUUGUAUAAUAAUUAUAUCAUGAAAUCGAACAAGUCGAUGUCAAUCUGUAUUUUAGUUUAAGAUUUAUUUUGUAUAGGAAAUGAAACGAACUCGUCAGAGUGAAUUAAAUGAAGUUUUUCUGUCACGCAAAUUUUGAUAAACUUUGUAAUCAGUAUCUAACCUUAGUGUAGUGGGUGUAAUAGUUUUGAAUUCAGAUUUUAUAGCACUAUUUAUAAAAGUAAGCAGUAGGUUCGUUGUAGGUAGUUAAGAGAAAUGGAGAUUUUAGUAAAUUAUGACGUUGCGCAGGAGUGCAUGCCCGUACAUAUUAUACUGGUUAUAUUACAUUUAAUAGUAAUACAUAUUAUCUUACUAAUAUUAUAAAUGCAUAAGAUUGUGAAAAUCUUUGGAUGUUUCUAUGUUUGUUGGAAGUAAACGCAGGAUCAACUGAACGGAUUUGUAUGAUAUUUGGCACACGGGUAGACUAUGUCUUGGAUUAACACAUAACUAUUUCAUCCCUGUAAUUUGCUCCCUAUUUGUUCAACUAGAUGGCGCUUUGCGUUCUAAAGUGUUUUGGGCACUUUUCUAGUGGAGAAGGCUCUCACCCGGACGAAGCCGCGAGCAACCCCUAGUUAUCCAUAAAAUAAGUAUAUAUUUCAUCAUAUCUCACUCCUUUAAUACUUCCAUAUUUCCACGGGAGGGCAUAAAGAUCCUAGACAAAUACCUAUAUUUACAAAUCUUGUCUGUUUGUAUAUUACUAUAUUUUAGUGUUCUCAUACAAGUAGCGUCGAAUCGUGGCCUUAGGUUUAUCUUGCUAUGUUAAUGUUUAUGAACGAGUAAAUGAACUCAAGUCAAACUUAUUCGGAAUUUGCGCGACAAAAAAGCAUUGUAGGUGAAAUUAAAUAUCAUUGUAUUCGUUCAGUAGUAACCACGCAGCCCACUGACUGAUGUACUAUUUAUAUAUUUUAGGUUAAUUUUUUUCACUGGGCUUACAACUUGUUGGCAUGAAUGAAAGAGUAUACGUAAGUGAAUGCUCCGGGAAGCGUAUAGCAGAACUGUAGUUUGAUAGCAAUAAAAUAAUGCCUAUAUCAGUAACUGUUAUGCCGCUGUAAUUGUUGCUAGAUUUGAAGAUUUAUUGUAUUUAUCAUAUUAACAAUCUAUCUUUCAUUUAGUUGGUGUGAUCACAUCGGUUAGGUGAAAUGUGUCUGCUGUAAAAUAUCGGGGAUCAAUUUAUUUGACAGUAUUGAGUUAUUUAUAAAGUGAAUGAAAAUAUUUCUACUAGGAGCUUUGUUAAGUUUUCAUGUUAUCGAUAAGGUACCUUUCGUUGUUAGGCGUAGGGAUUAUCAACUUGACUAUGUAACUACUAGUUGGACGUGAAAGUUCUUCGAAUUUCAACCUAACGUGUAUAGAAACUGAAUUAAAAUAAAAUUCAAUUGGUAAUAAUAGCUGUUGUAAAAUAUUUUUGUCCCUCGCAUCGUAUGUUCCUUAGGUAUUUGGGGCAUCUUUACGUGAUAUCAAAUGUUUAAAUGCCGAUAUGUGCAAUAACAAAUUCUGAUAUUAUAAUAUUCGGAGAACUCCUAUACAAUUUGGUAAUAAAGUCAAACUAUGUAAAAUAUAAAUUUUGAAACGUAUAAAUCUAAAAUGUAAUAUUUUAAUGAAGUAUGUCAAAUAAAUGUCUCAAAUUAAAACUGAUUCUCAUUGAAAUUUUAA